CGAGGCGGUGAGGCAUGCUCCCAAACUGGGUGGGACAAAACGGACUUGUCAUUUCCGCAAAGAGGGGACGCUGUAGCCCCAUAUCUGUUCAUGUGAGAGAUGACCUCCAGCACGUUUAUCCUUCUCCGCCUCCCCUUACGCGGGGAAGGACGGUGAUCCCAUUUUACGGAUUGGAAAACCAGAGCUCUGUAGGGAUGUGGCACUCGCUCCUCGCCCUAAACUCGAGCUGGGCGCUGGCAUUUGCUGUGCAAUGACCGUGGGUAGACCAGUCUCCGAAGUCCUUUGUUGAUGUAGGGAGACUUAACUUUGACCGACCCCAAGCCUAGUUCUUUUUCCCCUCCAGGCUUCCCAAGAAUCAGAAGUGACUGGCAGAGAAAACGAUAAGGGGCAGGUGUGGUGGGUUUGUUUUGUAUUUUGCUUUUUUCAUUUUAAGACAGAACCGGUCCUGUACACCCACACUAAGUUAUAAAAUUCAUUAGUAUGCAGUCACAAAAUGACUACCCACUUACCCCAAUGGGAAAAUGUUAGUAAUUAAUUUUCCUUCAUAAAAAUGAGAAUCAAAAAAUAAUCAUAAGCCACUGAUCCUGAUUCACACAGUGUAACACUAAAAGUGGCUGUUUUUCCAUCAUUGUUACUUAUACUUAUUAUGAAUUACACAAUAAUGUAAGGAAAUGCUUGUUUUAUAUCUCACAGGGAUUCCAAAACAUAAGCUGCCUUUCAGAGAGGAAGAAAUUAGAACGACACCUCUGGAGUUACUACUCUAUAUUAUUUUUUUAAUAAUCCUAUGUAUAUUGACAUUUGGAAUGACAAACCCACACAUGUAUUACUUAAACAAAGUUAUGUCAUCUCUGUUUUUGGACACUUCUGUGCCUGGUGAGGAAAGAAGCAACUUUAAGUCUAUUUGCAGGACAGCUGAUUUUUGGAAGUUUAUGGAAGGACCCCUUUUGGAAGGUCUGUACUGGGACUCACAGCACAAUGACAAAAGCAGUCACAUCUACUACGAGAACAUAGUUCUAGGAGUCCCCAGAGUCCGUCAACUCAAAGUCCGAAACAACACGUGCAAGGUCUAUCCAUCUUUUCGGCCUUUAAUGACUGACUGUUAUGCCAAAUACACUUCUGAAAAUGAAGACGUAUCUGAUUUUGGCCUUAAACAUGAUACUGAAUGGAAGUACUCUGCUCCUAGUACCAACUCCACGUGGCACCGGGGAUUUGUUGGUGUUUACCAUAAUGGGGGAUAUCUUUUCACUUUAUCAAAAUCAAAAUCUGAAACCGAAACCAAGUUAACUAAACUUCAACAGAACAGCUGGAUCACAAGAGGAACUCGAGUUGUUUUUAUUGACUUUUCAUUAUACAAUGCUAAUGUAAACCUGUUUUGCAUCAUCAGAUUGGUGGCAGAAUUCCCUGCAACUGGAGGAAUACUUACUUCGUGGCAGUUUUAUUCUGUGAAGCUCCUCAAAUAUGUUAGCUACUAUGAUUAUUUUAUUGCUUCCUGUGAAGUCAUAUUUUUUAUUUUUCUUAUUGUUUUUGCAAUACAGGAAGGCAAAAAAUUAAAAGAAUUCAAGUUUGCCUAUUUCAAAAGUAUUUGGAACUGGCUAGGAUUACUACUUUUGAUAUUAUGUUUUGUGGCCAUUUUCGUCAACUUAUACUGUAAUAUAAAAAAUUCUCUGUUACUUGAACCGCUGUUAAAAAAUACUGAGAAAUAUCCAGACUUCUAUUUUCUUGCAUCCUGGCACAUUUAUUACAGCAAUGUAAUUGCUAUUACCAUCUUCUUUGCAUGGAUAAAGAUACUCAAAUUCAUAAACUUCAAUAAGACCAUGUUUCAGCUGUCAUCAACUUUGUCCCGCUGCAUCAGAGACAUAGUAGGAUUUGCCACCAUGUUUUUUAUCGUCCUCUUUGCUUAUGCCCAGUUAGGGUUCCUUCUUUUUGGAUCACAGGUUGACGACUUUUCCACUCUUCAAAAUUCCAUAUUUGCACAGUUUCGAAUUGUUCUUGGGGAUUUUAAUUUUGCUGGUAUUCAGCAAGCCAGUCCUGUCUUGGGACCCAUUUACUUCAUCACCUUCAUCUUUUUCGUGUUCUUUAUCCUGUUGAACAUGUUCUUGGCAAUAAUUAUUUAUGCCUAUUCUGAAGUGAAAACCGAUUAUUCAAUAGACAGAAGGCCAGAUUUUGAACUCGGUAAAAUGAUUAAAAAGUGUUGCAACAAUGUCCUCGAAAAACUCAAACUAAAGAAACCUCAAAAGGAUGAAGACGAUAAAGGUAUAAAAGACACAGAUUUGGCUGAACAAGCCAGAAGAGAAGGCUUUGAUGAAAAUGAGAUUCGAAGUGCAGAACAGAUGAAAAAAUGGAAAGAGAGGCUGGAGAAAAAGUAUUAUUCUACAGAAGCUCAAGAUGACUACCAGCCUGUCACUCAAGAAGAAUUUAAAGACCUGUUUUUAUAUGCUGUGGAGCUGGAGAAAGAAUUACACUACAUCAGUUUAAAACUCAACCGAGUGAUGAGAAAGGUCUCGGCUCUACCCUACUGAGUCAA